AUGCCGAUCGAAUUUGUUUGCAAAAUCAAAUUUGCAGAGGAGGAUGAGAAGCAGAAAGGCAAGCAGGAAGGGGACAAGGAGAGCUUGAUUGAAGAGAGUUGCACACCUCCGACCAAGGACCUCGCCGGGUUUGCCAACUCCUGUUCACUGCAUGGGAUUAACCAUAUAUUUGUGUCGGGCCGGCUGGGCGUCCGGCAGACCCUUUGGGCUCUGGCAUUCUUGGUGUCUUUGGUGCUCUUUCUUUACCAGGCGGCAAAGUGUGCCAUCUCUUACCUGGAGCAUCCCCAUGUGACGGCUCUGAAAGAGGAGGCCACCCCAGAGAUGGUGUUUCCUGCAGUGACCAUCUGUAACAUCAACCGUUUCCGCUUUUCUGCACUCACUGACGCUGACAUCUACCACCUGGCCAACCUGACAGGCCUACCCCCCAAAAACAAGGAUGGCCACAAGCCCACUGAUCUGGAAUACCCUGCCCCUGACAUGCAGGACAUCUUCAACAGGACUGGACACCAGCUGGAAGAGAUGCUGAAGAGCUGUAACUUCAGUGGACAGAACUGCUCAGCUGAGGACUUCUCUGUGGUAUACACAAGAUAUGGAAAGUGCUACACUUUCAAUGGAAACAAGACAACCUCCAAGAAGACCAAACAAGGUGGAAUGGGGAGUGGUCUUGAGAUUAUGCUAGACAUUCAGCAGGAUGAAUAUCUGCCAAUAUGGAAAGAGACAAAUGAGACGUCAUUAGAGGCAGGUAUCCGUGUGCAGAUUCACAGCCAGGAAGAACCUCCCUACAUCCAUCAGCUAGGCUUCGGUGUCUCUCCGGGAUUCCAGACCUUUGUUUCAUGUCAAGAACAAAGGCUGACCUAUCUCCCUCAACCAUGGGGAAACUGCCGCUCCACCGGUGAGCAGAUGAUCCCUGGCUAUGAUACUUACAGCAUCAGUGCCUGUCGCCUGCAGUGUGAGGCCAAGGAAGUACUGAAGAAAUGUAACUGCAGGAUGGUGCACAUGCCUGGAAAUGUCACUAUCUGCCCCCCUGGUGAAAUCAAAUGUGUUGACCAAGCACUCGCCAACUUACAGAACAGUUCAGGAGAUGUGUGUCCAUGUGACACGCCCUGUAACCUGACCCGCUAUGGCAAGGAGUUGUCUAUGGUGAAGAUCCCCAGUAGGGGCUCUGCCCGCUAUCUGUCCCGGAAAUACAACAGGACUGAGGAGUACAUCAGAGACAACUUUCUUGUUCUGGAUAUAUUUUUUGAGGCACUUAACUAUGAAACAAUAGAACAAAAGAAAGCAUAUGAUGUUGCAGGAUUAUUAGGUGAUAUUGGAGGACAGAUGGGCUUGUUCAUAGGAGCCAGUAUUCUUACAGUUUUAGAGAUUCUUGAUUAUGUUUAUGAGGUGAUCAAGCACAAGUUGCAGUGUCUAUUGAGGCCACAGAAGGAGGGGCGGAAGCAGCAGCAGGAGAAGAAGGCCAGCACAGUGGCCACAGUGGGCCUGGAGGAGAUGAGAGCCAAGGAUCCCACUGAAUUAAACAGGGGUCACCCUGAGGGAGCCUAUGCCAACACCAUCCUUCCAAACCACCUCCACCAUCAUCAUCAUCUUCAUCGCCAUACCCGCCAUGGCGUGUUUGAGGACUUUGCCUGCUAG